AUGAAUCGACAAAAUGACAUUGGUGACAAUCAAUACCUUACUGUGUAUGAUGCUAACGAACGUACACAUGCACCAUGGCAGGGCAACACUGACGAAGCGAGGACUAAUCGCGAAUGCGGCGACGGACGCACUUCGGAUUGCUGGCUGGGGGGUCGGCAGGAGGAGUGGAUGAAGGAGUUUGGGCUUCAGCAGGAGAAUUUUGGGCUUCAGGAGGAGGAGUUUGAGCUUCAGGAGGAGUUUGGGUUUCAGGAGAAAAUUGGGCUUCAGAAGAAGGAGUUUGGGUUUCAGCAGGAGGAGUUGUGGGUUCAGCAGAAGGAGUGGAUGAAGAAGUGGACGGAGAAGUAA